AGCAGGAACUGAGUCACCGUCAGCUGAGACGAGAGUAAGUGAGUGUGGGAGUUUUGCCCCUCUGUCAGGCUUGACCAUUAAGUAGAAAUCACCUCCAGGUGGUGGAAGAAUUAACAAGCGGGAAGUUCAACAUGGAUCCAUUGUCCAGAGCCGAGGGAACGUUCUGGACCGUCUGGUACUAUAUAACUGGCGCUGUGAGCAGAUUCCUGAGGGCAGAAUCCAAUAACCCCAUCAACAGUGAUCCUGGCGCCCCCAAAGAAUUUGAGAAUCAUGAGGAACAAGAAGACCCCCAAAGAGAGGAUAGCUACGAGCCCGAGUCUAAUGUUUCAGCUUCAGAUCCACUUGUUGCCAGUGAUGGUGACAAUGAGACCAAUGACUUGGUGGCGGAGAGAGAACAUUUGCUGCUGCAAACUCUACUGGCCGGAAGUGACGGGAACAAAGAAUUUAAUGAAGUUGAGGCAAGUCAGGCAUCAUUGUCCUCUCAACCGGAAAGUGUUGAUGCAGGUUCGCUCAGUACAGAUCGCAAAUGCCUGAAACCAGACAUCGCUGUGUCCGACUCAGAUCAGUCAGUCUGUCAGGACACAAGGGCCAAACAACUUGAAAAAACUGUCACAAACAAGAGGGAGCAGGCUUCAUUGCAGUCUGAGGAAACAGAUGUAGACCGUCCUGAGAGCGUCGACGACAAAGAUUUGGAAGUUGAGCAUAACCCCAAGUGCCUACAAAUCAACUUGGAAGCAAAAGAAAAUUUGGACAUGGGCACUUUCUUAAGUCACCAAGUUGAUGAUGGGAAAACACAAGAAGAGGUUGCUUAUCUGGAGGAGGAGGCUGACAGCCUGAUGGUCAGUGAAGCAUCAAAACUGGAGGAGCUCAGAACUGAGACACCACAUACACUAGCAGUAGCAGGACAGGAAGAAGACGCACACGUUAAGCAGUUGUACUCAGCUCCAGUCCUGAAAACUAGUGUUGACUUUAAUGGCAACAACAAUAAGCUUGAUGAAGGAAAAUCUGAUUCAUUUCCUGAUGCUUUAUUGGACGUGGACGAGGAGAGAGCAAACAAAGAAGGUGACAUGGAAACCACAAGCUCGAUCCUGACAAUACCAGUGAAGCUUGAAGGUGAGGCUGGACAGGAAGCCGGCCCGGAGACUCCCAGAGGUCAGUCUGAAGGCCAUUUGAUCGAGUCCCAGGAGUUAAAUGCUACUGUAUAUGAGGGGGCACUUCCUGAGCUCAACAAUGAGUCUGAGCUAAAUGAAAAUACAGCACAAUGGUUCCUGGAAGCAGGAGAUGAAGGCAAGGAAAUCCAGUUACCCGAAGAGGUGGAGAACAGUAGCAAGACUGGAGGUGAGUGUGUGUUUGCAAAAGACCCAAACCACAGAGCAGACUCAACCUUUGAUCGCGCAGAUGAGAGCAAGAAUUCCUGUGGUGAGAUUGUGUGCACCGGGAUGAUCGCUGUGUGUGAUACUGUCCAAGAGGCACGUGAGAUAUUGUCGGACCCAACUAGGAGUACAAGUCAACUCAUCGGAAUGGAAUCAGCUUCACCCGGGACUGAGCCGACUGCUGAUACGUUUGAAAAAUAUUGCACCGAAGAUACUGAGGGUGGAGAUGAGGAGGUGCCAUCCGUGACAUCUGAACAGAACAGCAGUGGUGCUUCAAGUCUACAAGACGACAUGACUGAGUUUGUAGUUGAGCCACACCUAAAGAGCAUGACAGAGUGUGUUGUUGAUAUUCAAGAUGCAGGGAUUGACAUGGAGGAAAUCAACUGUGGUUACGAUGUGGAGGCUGCUGAUGAUAAAAGAAACGAAGGAAUCCUGGGAGCAGAACACCUUGUGUCAGAGAGAGAGGCCGAGCUGUUGGCAAACACAGUUCUGUCGAAGAACCCCGAACCUGAAGAUGCACUGGGGUCGAACGAUGACAUGUCCAUAGACUUUAAUGGUUCACUGAGAGUUUAUUGUACGGAUGAAAAGGCAAAGCUUGACUCUUAUGCGACUUGUGAAGACACUUGUGCCACAAUGCUUCGACAACAGGAUUUGACUGAUGAAGAGAUUGAAGACCUGUGGAGUUGUGCUGCCCUGACUGAGGAGCCUGAGAAAGACACAGGAGUGAAGCAGUCAUCAAGCAAAGAAGGGAAUGAAAAUCUGUUUGAGGGGAAAUCAGUAGCAUCUAUUCUAGACAGUGACGCUUCUUCGGCAACAUCACAGUUAUGCCUGCAGGACUCGGGAGGCAAAGAGAUUGUGGAUUUCAUUUCAACUGGAAAUCGUGAAGCAGUUGACAAAGUAGACGCAGGUUCUUCUGUCAACGUCUCAGAGAUGUCAUCUCAACAAGAGCAGGGUGAUCAAGAAAUAAAAGAUGACUCCCCACUGGAGGUAGAUGGUGCUGCUUUGGAUUUUGUUGCACAAAAGUGUAGAAUUGCUGUGAAAAACCCAAAUGUGAGACCACCAAAGAAUCCUCGCUCGCUUAUAAACAUGCCCUCUGUGACCCCUUUACCUGUUCAACCAGCGCUGGGGACGGGCAUACCAGCACUGGGUAAGGCCUUGACAGUAAAACUUCCGGGACUUGGAGGUGGGUUUCAGGGAUUAAAAACAACCAAGAGGACAGUGGAUGAUGACACCACCUCACAGGGCGCAGUGGACGAAGAAAAGAGCGAUGGAAAAAAGGAUGCUAAACAAACUCCAAAAUGGCUCCCACCAAGACAGUCAGGAUUUGGAAAUCCUCUUAUGGCUGAGCUCAAGAACAAACUGAAGAAAACUACUGAUGACUAAGGACAUAAAAUGUAUUAGGGCAUAUUUUUCUAUGGUUCUUCCUUCAACCGCUCAUGUUUAUAAAGUAUAUAUCUUCAUGUCACCUGUGUGAUAAGAAAAUGUGUCUUAAUUCAAACGACCUUGUAAGCAGAGUUAUGCAGUACUUUCAAUGUUUUGUUUGUUUUUUUUCCAAAUCAUUCGCACUUUUCUAGGUCCCACAGAGAAAAUCCAUACUUUUCCCACAUUGUAUGAAGAGCCCCUGCAGCACCUAAUUUUAUUACUUCAUUAUUUAUUGUUAUGAAUCCAUUGUUUCCCACAUGGUCUGUAGGAUGUAAUGAUGUACAGUAUAUAAUCUCCUGUUGUUGUGCAGCUGAUGUGGGAAAGUUCCCAUUUUCCCCCCCCCAAAAAAGUAGUGGGGAAAUGGUUGUAAAUAAUGUGUCCUUGUGAUGAAUAAUACAG